AUGCUCAAGACAUUGGUUCCCAGGACGGGCCGGUCGCUCCUCUCAACGAAAGCUCCGCAUCUGGGCCCAGCAAACCUCCGAACCGCUCCCAGCUUCCAGAUCGUCUCCCUGAACCAGCAAAGAAGGAGGGGAUAUGCUUCCGAGUCAUCAGAAUACGACAUUGUAUUCAUCGGUGGUGGUGUUGCAGGCUAUGUGGGAGCAAUAAAAGCUGGCCAGUCUGGUCUGAAGACAGCAUGUAUCGAGAAGAGAGGAAGGCUUGGAGGCACAUGUCUAAACGUCGGGUGCAUUCCCUCGAAAUCUCUGCUCAACAACUCACAACUAUACCAUCAAAUACUCCACGACACAAAGAAGCGAGGAAUUGACGUCAACGAUGUUCAGCUCAACCUCACUCAAAUGAUGAAGGCCAAGGACGAAUCUGUCCUGGGACUGACAAAGGGCGUCGAAUUCCUGUUCAAGAAAAAUAAUGUAGACUACAUUAAAGGCACGGGAACUUUUGCGGACGAACACACGAUCAAAGUCAACCUGCUCGACGGCGGUGAGACCGAGGUCAAAGGCAAGAACAUUGUUAUUGCCACCGGUAGUGAGACGACUCCAUUUCCCGGUCUGACGAUCGAUGAAAAGAAAGUCAUCACCAGCACAGGUGCCAUUGCCCUGCAAGAAGUACCCAAGAAGAUGGUGGUUAUUGGUGGUGGUAUCAUCGGCCUGGAAAUGGCCUCAGUGUGGUCCCGCCUCGGUUCCGAAGUUACCGUCGUCGAAUUCCUCGGUCAAAUCGGUGGUCCCGGCAUGGAUGCGGAAAUCGCCAAACAAGCGCAAAAGAUCCUGAGCAAGCAAGGGAUCAAAUUCAAGGUCAAUACCAAAGUUACUCAGGGUGAUGCCAGCGGCGACGGCGUCAAGAUCGCGGUCGAAGCUGCCAAAGGUGGCAAGAACGAAUCUAUAGAUGCAGAUGUCGUGCUCGUUGCUAUCGGACGUCGACCUUACACCGAUGGCUUGGGUAUUGAGAACAUUGGCGUCGAGAUGGACGAACGCAAACGGGUAGUCAUCGACCAAGAAUACCGCACCAAGAUCCCGCACAUCCGAUGCAUUGGCGACGUCACUUUCGGCCCCAUGCUUGCACACAAAGCUGAGGAAGAAGCAGUCGCCUGCGUCGAGUACAUCACUAAGGGAUAUGGCCAUGUCAACUACGGUGCCAUUCCGUCCGUUAUGUACACGCAUCCCGAAGUCGCGUGGGUUGGUCAGAACGAGGGCGAGCUGAAAGCCGCCGGCGUGAAAUACAAAGUGGGCACCUUCCCCUUCACCGCCAACUCGCGUGCCAAAACCAAUCUGGACACCGAAGGGCUGGUGAAGUUCCUCAGCGACGCAGAAACCGACCGGAUUCUGGGCAUCCAUAUCAUCGGACCGAAUGCGGGAGAAAUGAUCGCAGAGGGCACAUUAGCGCUUGAAUACGGCGCCAGCAGUGAGGAUGUGGCGAGAACGUGCCACGCUCAUCCAACGCUGGCCGAGGCGUUCAAGGAGGCGGCAAUGGCCACAUAUGGCCAGCCCAUUCAUUUCUGA